UAAAACCCCAAGCAAAAAGACAAAACCCUGCUGAAAUUGCAAAACCCUAAACCAACUGAAUUUUCAGUGCUAGCCGGACCUCAAAUGGCUCUCUUCUCGAUGCUCCGCAGGCCGUCCUACUCCGCCCUAGCCCUCGCCGUCCGCUCCAUCCGCGCCGUCGGAUCUGCACCCACCUUUCACCGCUCGAUCUCCACCAUCCCUGCUUUCAGCCCACAGCUCCUCCGGAGAAGCUUUGUUCCAGUUCAUCGAUUCUCCACGGCCACGGCCACGGCCACCGCCGUGGAGCCGAUCGGCGAACAAAGUCUGGUCGAAGUCCUUGAGUCCGAGAUCAAGUGUGCCCUAGACGUGAAACCCAGAAAAGCCGAGGUCCCAGAGAAGUUUCCUUUUGAAAUAGUGGACAAUCCUGGAGACCAAACCAUUCUGCUCAAAAGAGAAUUUGAAGGCGAAUCCAUCCAAGUAUGUGUCGAUAUUCCUAGUUUUACCACAGAUGAUGAGGACGAGUGGGAAGACCCCGGGAUUCCGAUGGUUGUGAGCAUUUCCAAACCAAAUGGACUGCAACUGGAGCUUGGUGUUUCUGUCUUUGAAACUGAGAUUUCAAUCGAUAGCUUGUCCGUCAAGCAGCCUGAGCUUUCUUCCAAAGAGCUUGAUUAUGCUUAUGAUGGACCUGAAUUUCCCGACUUGGAUGAGAAGUUGCAGAAUGCUUUCUACAAGUAUCUCGAGGUUCGAGGGAUCAAGCACACCAUGGCUGAAUUCUUGUAUGAUUACAUGAGGAACAAAAACAACAAAGAGUUCCUGAUGUGGUUGAAGAACGUCAAGCGUGUUGUUCAGCAGUAAACGAAAAGAAAUGGAGCUGUUUCCUGGAGCUGUAUCAGUUUGAGAACCUCUUAUUGAUACCGUUAGUUAAAUAAAUAGUUAAGUAUAGUAGAUUGAGAAGAUUAGAACUAGGUCAAAUAUUGUUAACUAGUUAAUCAGCGUGGAUGGUAUUUCGAUACCUAUUAAGAAUUGUAACGUAUUACCUGGAUCAACUACAGUUCCGUAUUAACUGGAUGGUAUUUUGAAGUGCCUGUUUGGAAGUUGUUUAGAAUGAUUAUAAGUGCUUUUGGUUUU